UGGGGAAGGGAGGGGAGCGGAUCCCGGCGCUUCCCCAGGCGUGCCGCAGCUUGCUUGCCUGAGACUUCCCUGUCGUACACGAGACACCCACCCACGCUAAGAUGGCUGCGAAAAGCUCGCACUUUCACCUGAAAAUGGAAGAGACGAUCGAGAGGUGCCGGGCGGACUGCCAGUGGGAGAGGCAGCUGGCGAUAGUGGGGCAGAUGCGGGCGCGGGCGUCGUCCAGCCCCCGGCGCAAGGGGGCAAAAGGAUCUCCGGAAUCUGAUGAUUAUGAGAAUCUACUAGUUGCAGAGGCACUGCUGGAGCUAUGCUUGAAAGAGAACCUUGCCAAAAUAAAGGAUGCCAUUCCAUUACAGGAAAAGAACGAGCCAAAAAUGAGUGAUGCCAAAAAGCACUUGACUGACAUUCUAAACCGAGGGAAGUUACUGCCAAAAGAUAUGACAGAAGCAAUGCUGAUCCUAGCCAAGCUCCAUUAUGUUGAGGGCUCUUACCGGGACGCCAUCAGCAUGUAUGCCAGAGCUGGUCUAGAAGAUAUUUCAGUCGUACAGAAGCCCUUGUAUCUGCUUCGUAUACUAACAGAAGCUUUUGUUAUCAAAGGAUUGUCCCUGGAGCGUUCCCCAAAUUCUAUUGCUUCCCGGACGCGGCUGUCAGAAAGGGAGGAGGAAAUCAUGGCAUGUUUUGAAAAGGCAUGUGUGAUUGCUCAAGUAUUCUUACAGGAACUUGAGAAGAGCUUCAGCAGCAGCACACAUUCGAGAGGCAUCAAAGGUGGUCAUGCAUCAUCUUUGGACUUUGAACUUCCUUACUUCUUGGAAGCAGCCCUGCAGAGCUCCUAUGUGGCUCACUUAAAAAGGGGCAACAUCGUGAAAGGCAUGAGAGACCUCCGAGAUUUAUUAAGGACCACGGAAACAAAAGCUACUCAGAGCUUCAGAAUGGCAGCUGCCAAACAACUGGCAGAAAUUCUCCUCCAUUCAUUGAGUGAAGAUUGUUACUGGAGCCCCUUGUCUGAUCCUCUCCCUGAGUUAAUGAACAAAGAAGAUAACUCUUACAUUUGUGCUACUCUGCGCAGAAGACUACAGCUACACACUGGAGAUAACCUGUACAGCCCUAAAGACAACGUAGAAGAGGCCCUCCUCCUACUCCUGAUCAGUGAGUCCAUGGCAAACCAGGAAGCAGUAAUUAGCCGGGCCCCAGACCAGAAAGAUGAUCGAGCUGCCAGUCUGCAGGAUGCGUCAGCAGUUUAUGAUCUCCUCAGUAUCACACUGGGCAGAAGAGGGCAGUAUGUCAUGCUUUCUGAGUGUUUAGAACGUGCAAUGAAGCUUGCAUUUGGUGAAUUUCACCUCUGGUAUCAGUUGGCACUUUCCAUGGCAGCUUGUGGCAAGUCCGCGCAUGCUGUCUCAGUGCUCAGAGAAUGUGCAAAGCUACGGCCGGAGGAUCCUACAGUCCCUCUCCUGGCUGCCAAGGUCUGCAUUGGGCCUCUGCACUGGCUAGAAGAAGGUGAACAUUUUGCCAAGAUGGUGAUAGACCUGGGGGAAGAUGCUGGGGAGCUUCUAGCAAAGGGCAAUCUGGCCUUGGGCCUGACAUACAGUCUUCAAGCAACUGAUGCUACCCUGAAAAGCACACAAGAUGACUUGCACCGGAAAGCACUACAGACUCUGGAAAGAGCUCAUCAACUGGCACCGGAAGAUCACCAGAUUAUUCUCUAUCUCUCACUGCAACUGGCACUUGUCAGACAGAUAUGUGAUGCAAUAGAACACCUCCAAGAAGCAGUGAAACUUUGCAAGGAUCAUAUGAAUUCCCUUCACCUUCUAGCUCUCCUCUUUUCAGCACAAAAAAACUAUCAGCCUGCUUUGGAUGUCAUCAACAUGGCCCUUUCAGAGUAUCCAGAAAACUUUAGCUUACUCUUCACCAAAGUGAAGCUGGAGUUGGUGCAUAAAGGACCAGAAGAGGCUUUAGUGACCUGCAGGCACAUGUUGCAUCUGUGGCAGACGCUAUAUAGUGUUUCACAGCACAGUGAUUCUGAGAAAGCAAGCAGUGUGACUGAGGUGCCGCCAGUCAAGAAACAUAACAGCAUGUAUCUUACACUUCCUGAUGCCCAUGAUAACGACUCUGGCUCCCAACGAGCUUCUUCUAUCGCAGCAUCACGGCUGGAGCAGGCCAUGUCUGAAGUAACCAUGCACAGUACUACUUUGAAGCAAGGGCCUAUGCAGUUGUGGACAACUCUUGAACAGAUCUGGUUGCAGGCUGCUGAACUGUUCAUGGAACAACAGCAUCUCAAAGAAGCAGGCUUCUGUAUCCAGGAGGCAGCCAGUCUCUUUCCCACAUCUCACACUGUGCUGUACAUGCGUGGGAGGCUCGCAGAGAUGAACGGCAGCUUGGAGGAGGCUAAGCAAUUGUAUGAUGAAGCACUAACAGUUAAUCCAAAUGGAGUGGAAAUCAUGAACUGCUUGGGGCUGCUAUUGAAUAGGCUUGGGAGAAAAAGCCUGGCUCAGAAGGUUCUGCAGGAUGCUGUCCGAGUACAGAGCACCAGCCACAAAGCCUGGAACAGCCUUGGAGAAGUUCUUCAUGCUCAGGGCAAAAACGAGGCUGCCGUCGAAUGCUUCCUGACUGCUCUGGAUCUUGAAUCCAGCAGUCCCGUAGUCCCAUUUACAGUUAUUCCCAGGGAACUCUGAUGAUUUCAUACCAUGCACAUGCAUUUAGUGGAGGAGGACUAAUUAACACACCUAGGCGUUCUCUUCUUCUAGGGUCUUUCUAUACAACCUGUUUACAGUGCAAUAAAUAUAGAGACAUAGAUCAUUUGUUGCCCUGAAUGUAGACAUAUUUCCUCAGGGAAGUGCUGUUGUUUCAGGGAUAUCACAUUCACCCAGCACUCACAUCACAAUAUAAUGUUGCUGAAAAAUAGUAUUCUUUUUCUAGCUACUGGGAUUGUUGCAAUUCACAGGGUU